UGAGGGAUGGGUUCUGCUGCAGCUUGCUACAAAGAAAGAUUGGUGGAAUCCGAGUUUGAUGGAGGAUAACAGUGGAGAAGGUCCUAGGCCAUUGAAGGUUACCUUUAGUGGGCCAGCUAAGCAUUGGUCGGAUGCCAUUCCGAUUGCGAAUGGCAGACUUGGUGCCAUGAUUUGGGGUGGUGUUGCAUCAGAAACUCUCCAACUUAAUGCAGCAAUCGCAGAAAUGCUAGCGAGAGCACGGCAGAAGACCUGCGCUUACUCCCCGCCCUUUCUCAGGAUAAGUGGGCUGAUGGUUGUGUAAAGGACUGAAGGAACGAGGCAAGCCGACAGUUACAAUAUAUGCUGGGAGGAAGGCGAUCUUCGCGAAGCUGGGCUUUGGUCUAACGAACAGAAUUCUUUUAAAGGGCUACAUUAUAGAGGAACUGUAGUGAAAUCAAAUCUAUCACCUGAUAGAGUCUCCUACACAUUCAAUAGAAAGUUUGAGAUGCAUUAUGCCCUCUCCCAUCAGCAGCUUCUUGUUGAAUGUUGAGAUUAGCAGAGGCCAAUAAACAGCUUAUGUAGAGCACUUGUUCAGGAUCAGGAUUACAUAAUCGAGAUAGAAAAGCACAUUCAAGAGAUGAAAUAUGCACCAAGAAGGAUGGAAAAGAGAUCUGGCUAUUUUGGCCGUCUUCGCAUUCCCAAUAUGAUGAGUGACAAAUGGAUUCAUGCUAUUCCCAUGGUUGUGUUGCUGUGCCUCUUCACACUCUGGUGGUUCUCUUAUCCAGUGAACUUGGAGAUGAAGGAUGGCAGGAUUGUGGGUAUACAUCGUGCUGAUCAUGACACUCCGCUGCCCCUCAACACUAGGCAUGUUGCACUUGCUGCAUCAGCUACAUCCCCAAUUGCCCCAGUUCCUGAGGACCUCACACUCAGUAAUGAAAUUGAAGCACUUCCAGUGAGUAAUGAAUCAUUUGUGCUUUAUGAGAAUGAUGAAGAUUUUGCAAAAACUACAUACCGUGCUGAUCAUGAGAUGCCGCUGUCUCUCAAUACUAAUCAUGUUGCACUCACCACGACAUCAGCUACAUCCCCGAUUGCACCUGUUCCUCAGGACCUUGCACUCAGUAAUGAAACAGAAGAAAAUCCGUUGAGUAAUGAAUCACUUAAGCUUUAUGGGAACGAUGAGGCUUUUUACAAAGCUGAUCAUGGGAUGCUGCUGCUUCUCAAUACUAACCAUGUUGCACUCAGCACCUUAGCAUCAGUAACAUCCCCGGUUGCACCAGUUCCCCAGGACCUCACACUCAAAGAUCAGACCGAGGCACAUUCUAUGAGUAAUGAAUCCUUUUCGGACUAAUGAGAAUGAUGAAGCUUCUGGAAGAGGCAAACUAUCAGCCGACAUGAAUUGAAGUUGAGAUCAGAGGUGCCGUAUGGCUAUAUGGCUCUUCUGUGUUAGCACGGUACUCCCAAGUGUCACUUUCAGAAGAUAGUAGAAAACAAGUGUUUCGGUUACAUUUAAACAAAAAAUUAACCAUGAGCUUGUACUGAUUUUACCUUGUAUGAAUAGAACAACAAAUGGCUCAUUGUAGGUGAUUAGUUUUGAGGAUUGCAAAAUCUGAUUUUGCGAGUUUUCUGGUACAUUCUAAGCCUGUAAGGUAAUUAAAAUAGUCCCAUGAGGUUUAUUUCUA